AUGGGUGGUUGUGUUGCAAGUCCUCUCCCCUGCAAGAACACAACUUUGAAGGGGGAAGAUGAGACGGUCCAGCCGGCGAAGAUGGCAGGUCGUGUUCCAGGCGUUACAGUGUCCAUAGAGGCCGUCCAGAUGGAGAUUGCACAGAAAGGUGGCAGUCCGAGUCCACUCUUGGAGGCAGUCAUGGCAGGUCGCAGUAUGGAUAUGGAGCGGGCCAGGGCAAUUGCCAAGAACAUUGCGAAGCCAGACUACACUCUCGGGCAGUAUUUCCAGGACCUGAUGGCCACUUUUCCGGAGCUUCAUCUGUUUGGCCUUGAAGGUAUGUCUGCCGACACCAUGGAGUUCAAGCGUGACUUCCUCUACGGUGGUAGAGUGGCAGGAGAUGAGUUCCAGCGCACGAUCGGAGCAUUCUUUGCAAUCUAUUGGUUGGUGCGCCAGAGCAUUGAUGGCAAGAACGGAUUUUGCCACGGCGUGGAUGACACAUGGCGACCAUUGGCUUCUCGCGAAGGUGAGAGCGACAAGUGCCGCGUGUUUUAUGGCGACAACACGAUAUGGAAGCACUUCCAGGAUCUGAUGCUCGAUGCAGGCAUUCUCGUUCAAGGCAGUGGCUCGAAGCUCGAGGUGGACUGUGAGACCACUCUCGCACUUCUGGUCCUCACAGCAUUGCAUGAUGUCAUGAAGGUCAGCCUUUUGCUUCCGGUCGUUCAACAGCCCGAUGCUCCGUACCGUGGCUAUGGCAAGUCGGAGGUUGUCGGAGAUCAUGACAUGGCAAUUUUCUAUUUGAUCGAACGCUACCCGGAGCUUCUGCCGUCCUUGAGCAGCUUGAAGCCGGACCUUCAGUCAUCGGUACGAAUGGUGCUGAGUGGGCUGGCCUUCAACAAUGGAUGGUUCGUGCAAGCAGAGGCCCCACCCGGAGCAGUUCUUCGUGGGAUCAAGGCUGCAAUCACAUCGCAGAACAAAUCAGAUCGAAAGCUGACCAAGCGCGACUUGAGUCUGUACUUCGUGCAUUGGCUGACGGAUUUGGCGGGAGCCGAACCGUCUCCGUUGUUGGGAUGCCUCAAGCUCACCAGCCAACUCCCGCUUCCGGUGCUCAAGAGCUUCAUGGAAUCUGUGAAGUACAUCCAGCAACUGGCGGAUCGGACCGAGACGGAGGUGAUGGAGAGCUACCUCAAGGAUCGAUGGAGAAAUGCCCAACCGCCAGUUGGGCCCUUGCCUAGCGGCCCCGAGGCUCUUGUGAAGACUCGGCUGCUUUGCAUGGCUCAAGGCAUGGCAGGCCAAGUGUUGGAAGCCUUCGACAAGCUCAGUGAGGCAGACCGGAUGGUUCUCAGUGUGGAAAUGGCUCGCACUGGUACGGAGAAUCAAAGCUUCUCAGAGGGUUUCGUGCCAUCGUCUGUCAGGGACUUGUUGGCUGGGCCGGCCUUCUUGGUGUACUAUGGUCCGGCAUUCUUGCAGAGGAUGAAUACGGACAGCCCCGUGAGACGACUGGAGAUUUUGGCCGAGAUCUACCGCCGUGCUCGGAAGCUUUGGCCUGCGAGCAGCGAUCAGGCCGGGAACUUCGUGACCCUCCGCAUCGAUGCCAUCACCAUCCAAGGGAAAUGGAGCUCGAGCGACCCCGAGCUUCUCUUGCUAAGGAUGUGUAGCAACAAGCAGGCAGUCCUUGAGAGGAGGCCCGGGGAGGACCCAAAGACUGCAAACGUUAAAGAGGAGAACACCGAGAUCUUGUUUGCCCCUGAUGUGUCCGAUGCUGUCGACUACGGCAUCUGCUCCCAACAGGAGAUGAUCCAGCAGGUGAGCCACGAGAUGCUGAGCUCGGGACGCUGGUACCGCAAAGUGGCCUUCGCUUUCCUGCGCCCAGCUCAACCAGGAGAGAUCAUCAUCACGAUCGUGGAUGGCAAGGAGGAGACGGUGAACACCGCAGUCGAAGGGGAUUAUGUCGUGCAGGCCAACACCCGAUGGAAGGAGAAUUACAUCCUCUCCUAUGCGACAACAUCGGCAGCUUACGAUCUGGCAACUCCAUUGGAAAUCCCACAUGGUCGUGAAGAUGCGCAGCAAUUGCGCAGGGACGGCUACCGAUGCUACCGAUCCCGUACGCGCAUCCGUGCCCUCCGCGCCACGGAGGACUUCCUACGACAGCAUUGCCCAUCCAAGAAGUUCAUGGCAAAGUGGGGCACGCCAUGCUCCGUGGAAGUCGAUGACAUCAUCGCGGCUCAAGUCAGCCCAAGCUCGGAAGUAACAGAGAUCUACAGGUGUCUCGACGACCUUUACACUUUUACAAAACAACUUAGCACAAAGCCGGCCCUGCAACUUGAUCAAGCCGCCUGUGCCAAGCGACCAGCCCGACCAGACCUUUUGAUGUUCAGCGCGCUUCUGCAACCGGGUGCGACGAUCACUCUGCCAGAAGUGCAGGUGGACGGCUACGUGCCACGGGCCUUUGCUGUGGCGGUGAAGGUCGCCACGAUCAGCAUUGGGAUUACCGUCUCUUCCAGCAGCGAUCUGAAGUAUGAGCGAACAGCGCUCGUGGAAGAAGGGGUCACUCCAUGGCUUGAUCGAGACCACAAAUACCUGGACGUGCCGGCCUACUUGAAAGGCGGUAUCCUCUAUCAGGGCCCCUUCAAGGAUGUCCCCGGCGACACAAUACUGGAAGUGAAGACAAAUGCCUCCGCCCGGGUAUACGUCAUCACUGAGAGACGCUCCGGCCAGAAAGGUCAUCCCAGCUGGGUGGAACAGCUGGAAGCAGCUGGAUGGAAUGCAGAGGAGCCGGCACCCCGCUGGCACGACAUGGCCACCAUGAGAUGCUUGGGAAGGAUGUGCCCUGCUGGCUGGACUUUGACACUCCCGCCUUGUCACGCACCCCCAGGUGAGGGGCCGGUCUUCAGCCUCGUCGUGGUCCCGUGUGCCGGCCAGCUGUGCGCGCCUCUGGAAGCCAACUGUGUCUACUCCGAUGGAGAGAACGCCGCUGCUUCCUCGGCCGUGGUCUUCGGAGCUCCGGAGUCUGCAUCGCUGGGCAGAGGCGAGCUGCUGGAGGUUCCGCUUUGGAUGCGCUCGCCAGAAGCGACAUUGGUCGGGGCCGAGACCGAUGUGAGCGAAGAAGGCGAAGCUCACCGAUUCACGCUCCGUGCAGCCGCUCCAUCGGUCAUUUAUGCAUUGCUCCCGAAGUCUGCAAGCAUCAGUUCUGCAUGGGCCGAUGACGGCUGGGAGCCGCGAGAUGAAGCCCCCUCCUACCACAUACAGGGCGAGGAGGAGCCGCCGAAGCCCAUGCUGGUCCUUGCCAAGAGGAGUCAGGCUCGGCAGUUGGUCUGCGCACCUCCCACAGGCGACAGAUCGGCGGGUGGAGAGGUGCUUGCACUAGUCGUCAAGGUGGAUGUCGAAGCUUUCGAUGCACAUGCAGAAUGCAGCAAUGGCCUUGAGCUUGUUGGCACCCCUGCAUCUUGGCAAAUGGGAGAGCUAGCCCCGUGGGUGCAAGGUUGGGAAUUGGCUUGA